CGGCUCUGGAGACCGUAUGGUAGGCUAGCCCUCCAACCUGGGCAUUCUCUCUCCUCGCCAAACCUUUGUUGUUAAUCUUGAGGGAUUUGGGGUGAAUGAAGACAAGGAUCGGACAUACCUUUCAUGACAGGCGGACAGUUUUGGCAGCUUUUUUGUCCAGCUGAAAGUGGUAUUUUUGUAAGGAUACUGAGAGGGCAUGUGAGGAAAGAGAUUUUCCCAGAAUACAGCUGAGCAGGCUUAAGCCCUAGGGACAACCUAGAUACGGACGGAAAGCCAACCACUAUCAGAAGUGGUUGAAGCCACCCCUCCUGAAGAACCAUGGGAGACAAGUCUGGGAGCAAAGUAGCUGCUGCAAAGAACCAGAUCCAUCUCCGGGUAGUGAAGGGGCUGGAGGAUGUGGAUGUGCGUGAGAGGGAGGGCUGCACGUUCGAGGUGACCCUCAACCUGUCCUACAUAGCGGGCACGUGGACCAAGGACGGGGUCAGGCUACAAGCCAAGCCCACCUGUCACAUCGCUGCCCAUAAGAAUAAACACACUCUCACCUUUACCCGGGUCACCGUAGGAGACACUGGCCUGUACUCCUUCCAGACUGACGGGAGCCAAAACUGGAUCCAAACCUCAGGCCAACUCACUGUCAUAGCCAGAGACAUACAGAUUGUGAAGGAGUUGGAAGAUGAGGAAGUGACUGAGAGGCAGAGCGUGACCUUCCUGUGCGAGGUCAACUGUGAGGACGUGGACGGGCGUUGGUACAGCGACAACACCAGGAUCAAACACGGAGACAACGUCAAGAUCAGGCACGAGGGUAAAACUCACACCAUGUGCUUCAAGUCUGUAAGGCCAGCAAAUGCUGGGGAGAUCAAAUUCACUGCAGACAGGGUCUCCUGCUAUGCAACUCUCACGGUAAAAGAGCUGCCUGUGCAGAUAGUGAAGCCUCUGAGAGUGAAGAUUGCUAUGUACAAACACAAAGGACUGCUGGAGUGCCAGGUGUCCAGGGCCAACGCCCUGGUCAGGUGGUUCAAGAACAGGAGUGAGAUCCAACCCAGCAAGAAGCACCAGAUUGUUAGCGACGAUGUCUACAGGCAGCUGCACAUUGAUGACGUGGCCUCGUCAGACGAGGACACCUACACCUGUGAUGCUGGCGAUGACAAGACCUCCUGCCAACUACUAGUGGAGGAGCAGGCGAUCAGCAUAGUGCAGGGGCUGAGGUCUGUGGAGGUGACCGAGCCCAGGGAGGCCAUGUUCCAGGUGGAGACCAGCCUGAGGGCAGGGAGGCCCCCAAAGUGGACCCUGGACGGAGAGGUCCUGAUGGACGGGCCUGAACUGAGCAUAGACCGGCAGGGCACAGUGCACACCCUCUGCUUCAUCAGCACGGACAGCUCUAUGACCGGCCCUGUGCAGUUCAACGCCGGGAAGAGCCGCUCCACCGCACAGCUCACCGUGAAGGAACGCCCUCUGAAAGUGGUCCAGCCCAUGCCAGACGUGGAGGCUAAAGAGAACAGCUCGGUCACACUGAGGUGUCAGUUUGCCCCCUCCCCCAGGGUGGUGCGCUGGUACAGGGGCCGCACUGCCCUGCAGACAUCCAGCAAGUACAGCAUGAGGACGGAGAAGAGCCAGGCAGAGCUGACCAUCUUGGGCCUCAAGGAGACCGACACUGGCCAGUACAGCUGCGUGGCUGGAGGGUCAAAGAGCACAGCCAAGGUCGAUGUGCGAAGGCUGAAGAUCGUAAGGCACCUGGAGCACGUGAAGGUGGAAGAGGAUAGCAACGCCACAUUCACAUGUGAACUCAAUUACGUGGUAGCCAAUGUACAGUGGCUUCUGAACGACAACCACCUCAACGCCAACACUGUUACCAGGAUUCAGAACAUGGGCACCAUUCACAGCCUCACCAUCAAAAAUCUCCGCCCACAGGAGAGCAGGGUGACCUUCAAGGCUGGCCUUCUCACAGAGUCCACCUCCCUCAAGGUCAAAGAAAAGCCAGCAGUGUUCCUCAGAUCUCUAGAAGACAUGUCAGGGGAGGAGGAGGGGAAGGUGUGUCUGCAGUGUGAGACCUCUAAGGAAAUGGCCACCCCCGUCUGGAGGAAGGAUGGUACGGUCCUGGACAGCAGUGACAAAUAUGAGCUGCUCAUGUUUGGGAAGUCCUUAACACUCAUCAUCCAUAGUCUGAGUAAGGAUGAUGCAGGCCACUACAGCUGUGACUUGGGCACCAGCCAGACCAAGGCCAAGGUCACUGUACAUGACAUUCACAUCACCAUCGCCCAGCGUAUGAAGACCGUCUCUGUUCUGGAGGGCGAGAGCUGCAGUUUCGAGUGCAUCCUCUCUCACGAUGUCAUCGACGAGCCCUCCUGGACUCUGAACGGUCAACUUGUGAUCAGCAACAGCCGCAUCCAGAUCGGAAACAAGGGUCGCAAAUACAAGAUGACCAUCAGAGACGCAACUGUGACUGAAGCCGGGGACGUAAUCUUCUUCGUCAAAGACCUCAGCUGCAGGACCAUGCUGUUUGUCAAAGAGAAGCCAGUGCAUGUGUUCAGGGACAUGAUGAGCGUUAAAGCCGCCCCAGGGGAGAACGCUGAGCUGAGCUGUGAGAUCACCAAGCCUGAGGCCUUCAUCCGCUGGCUGAAGAAUGGCCAUCAGAUCAGGCACAGCCCCCCCAAGUACGAGAUCAGUGUGGAGGACCACCUAGUACGGCUGGUUAUCACGAACACCUGCAUCAGAGACUCUGGGGAGUACUGCUGUGAGGCUGACGGCAUUGCCACCCGGGCCAAGCUGGAGGUCAGAGAGCUGCAGCACACAUUUGCUCGGGAGCUGCGGGACACACGGGCCGAGGAGAAGAGCAAGGUGAUGCUGGAGUGCGAGACGAGACUGCCGGCCAAGCGGGUGACCUGGCUGAAGGGCAUGGCAGAGCUCCGGGCGGGCAGGAAGUAUGUGAUGAAGCAGAAGGGCGUGGUCCUCUACCUCACCAUCAGCUGCCUGGAGAAGGUUGACACCGACGUGUACACCUGCGAUGUUGGCACCAUGCAGAGCCGGGCGCUACUGACCGUGCAUGGUCAGAAGGUGUUGAUCAUGGACGAGCUGGAGGAUGUUGAGUGUCUGGAGAAUGACACGGUGAUGUUCAGGUGUCGUAUCUGUCCCAGCGAUUAUGUUGGGGUCAAGUGGUACCUGGAUGAGACCUUACUGUACACCAAUGAGCUGAAUGAGAUCCAAGUGAUCCCGGGGGGCUACCACAGCCUCACGUUCAAACAACUGGCUCGUAAAGACUCGGGCACCAUCUCCUUUGAGGCAGGCGACAAGAGGUCCUACGCCUCGCUGCUUGUUAGAGAGAGACGUCCCACCAUCACCAAAGCAUUGGAGGACUGUGAGGCCAUUGAGGGAGGCGGUUUGGUGCUGGUGUGUAUCACCUCCAAGCCAUGCCACAUCCUGUGGUACAAAGAUGGCUGCCUAAUGUGGAUUUCCUCGAGGUACCACGUCAGUCGCUCAGGUAACGAGGCCAGGCUGACCAUCAGGGAGGUCAGUAACAGCGAUGCUGGGGUGUACGAGUGCAGCGCUGGGUCGGUCAGCACCAAGGCUGUCGUCACUGUAAAAGCCAUUCCAGCUGAGUUCACCCAGCCGCUGCAGAGCAUGGAGGUAAAGGAGGGGGAGGAUGUGACCCUUUCCUGUGAGUUCUCCCUGCCAGGGGUUGCGUUCCACUGGAGGAGGGGCUUGGAGACCCUCAGAGCUGGAGAGAGGUACCUGAUGAAGCAGAAGAGGUCCUUCAUCUCUUUGACCAUCACUGGCCCGAAGCCUCAGGACUCAGGAGAUUACACCUGUCAGUGCCGAGACCACAGAACCACAGCCAGCCUCACAGUCCACGCAAUCCCCAUCUCCUUCACACAACAGUUGAAAAAUGUUCAGGCCGAGGAGGGCAACAGUUUAACGUUGCGCUGUGAGCUUUCUAAACCAGGAGUCCCUGUGGAGUGGAGGAAAGGGGAGGAGCUGUUAAAGAAUGGAGUGAAGUUUCAGAUAAGGAAGAGAGAGACCAUAUCGGAGGUUCAGAUAUGGAAAACUGUGCCUGAAGACAGUGGAGUCUUCAGCUGUGAGUGUGCGGACCAAAAGACCACAGCCACCGUCAAAAUCAGCGCCCUGCCUGUUACCUUCAAACAAAAGCUGAGGAACGUGCAUGUUGAAGAGGGGAACAAUUUGGUGUUACACUGCGAGCUCUCUAAACCAGGAGUCCCUGUAGAAUGGAUGAGGGGAGGAGAGGAGCUGCUGAACAACGGAGAACGGUUUCAGAUAAGACAGAGAGAGUUGGUGAAUGAACUGAAGAUAAUAGAUGCCAAACCUGAAGACAGCAAUAUCUACACCUGUGUUUGUGGCAAUGUGGAAACCACAGCCGGUGUUACAGUCACAGCAAUUCCCAUCACUUUCAAGCAAAAGCUGAGGAACCUGCAGACUGAGGAAGGGAACACCAUCUCCCUGCACUGUGAGCUGUCUAAAGCAGGGGUGCCAGUGGAGUGGAGAUUGGGAGGAGAGAGGAUACUGCAGAAUGGAGACAAAUACCAGAUCAAGCAGACAGACUCAACACUGGAACUCCUCAUCAGGGAGGCUCUGCCAGAGGACAGUGGAGUCUACAGCUGUGUGUGUCGAGACAAGAAGACCAAGGCCACUGUCAAAGUCAUUGCUGUACCUGCCACCUUCAAAGUCGGUCUGAAGAACCAGGAGGCCCCAGAGGAGGGCAGCAUAAUCCUGCACUGUGAGCUGUCUAAGGCUGGGGUCUCAGUGGAGUGGUGGAGGGGGGAGACAGAACUGUCCCAAGACCUGUCUGGAGGAAAGUACCAGAUGAAACUGGAGGGGAAAAUAGCCGAGAUGACCAUUACCAAUGUGCAACCGGAGGACAUAGGGAAGUACAGCUGUGUCACUGGAGACCAGAAGACCACCGCUGAAGUUAAAGUGCAGGCUCUCCCUGUAAUGUUCACACAAGAGGUCCAGAACGUGGUGAUCAAAGAAGGGGACAGUGGGGAGUUCUGGUGUGAGCUCUCCAAGCCUGGUGACCCAGUGGACUGGAGGAGGGGCAGAGUCCUGCUGAAGUCUGGAGACAAAUAUGAGAUGAGGCAGGAGGGACGCAUCACUAAACUGCUCAUCCAUAACGUGGAGGAGAGAGAUGCUGGGAAAUACACCUGUAAGAGUCGAGAUGCCAAGUCUACUGCUGAACUGACCGUAACGGGCCCACCCCCCACUUUCAAAGAACAGCUGAGGAAUGUGGAAGUUGAGGAGGGUAAGACUGUGACGCUACACUGUGAACUGUCUAAAGCAGCAGCCUCAGUUGAGUGGAAGAGGGGAGCAAAGCUGUUGACGAAUGUAGCCAAGUACCAGAUGAGGAAGAAAGAUUUACUGGUGGAAUUGAAGAUUAUCGACGCGAAUCUGGAGGACAGUGGGGUUUACGCCUGUAUUUGUGGCGAACAAAAGACCACAGCAACUGUUACAAUAAAGGCUCGCCCAGUCACAUUUAUAGAAGAGUUGAGGAACGUUCAGGUUGAGGAGGGCAACACUGUGACGUUGCGCUGCGAGCUCUCCAAACCAGGGAUGUCGGUUGAAUGGAGGAGAGGAACAGCUCUUCUGCAGAACGGAGAGAAGUACCAGAUGAAGCAGAAAGAUGCAACGUUGGAGCUGGUCAUCAGGAAAACCUUGCCCGAUGACAGUGGUGUCUACAGCUGCGUGUUGGAAGACCAGCAAACCUUCGCCACCAUCAUUAUCACUGCCAUCCCAGCCACUUUCAAACAGACGUUGAAAAACCAAGAGGCUCUAGAAGAGGGCAGCGUGACGCUGCGCUGUGAGCUGUCUAAAUCGGGGGUCCCUGUGGUGUGGCUGAAGGGAGAGGAGCUGCUGAGGGAAGGUGAGCGGCACCAGAUGAAGCAGGAGGGCAGGACCGUGGAGAUGGUCAUCAGGAAUGCGGUCCUUCAGGAUGCUGGGGAGUACAGCUGUGUCACAGCCUGCAACGUCAAGACGACAGCUGAUAUCAAAGUUAGGGCUCUCCCUGUAAUAUUCACACAAGAGGUCCAGAACGUGGUGAUCAAAGAGGGGGACAGUGGGGAGUUCUGGUGUGAGCUCUCCAAGCCUGGUGACCCAGUGGACUGGAGGAGGGGCAGAGUCAUCCUGAAGUCUGGAGACAAAUAUGAGAUGAGGCAGGAGGGACGCAUCACUAAACUGCUCAUCCAUAACGUGGAGGAGAGGGAUGCUGGGAAAUACACCUGUAAGAGUCGAGAUGCCCAGUCAACUGCUGAACUGACUGUGACAGCUCCUCCCGUCACGUUCAAGGUGAAGUUGAAGAACCAGGAAGUCGAGGAGGAGAACAGUGUGACGUUAUUCUGCGAGCUCUCUAAACCAGGACUGACGGCAGAGUGGAGAAAAGGAGAGGAGCUGCUGAAGAACGGAGUAAAGUACCAGAUAAAGAAGAGAGAGGCAACGAUGGAACUGACAAUAAGGAAUGCAGUGCUCGAGGACACCGGAUUCUACAGCUGUGUUUACGCAGAAGCCAAAACCACCGCCACUGUCAACAUCACCCCCAUUCCUGUCACCUUCAAGAUGGGUCUUAAAAACCAGGAGGCCUCAGAGGGGGGCAUCGUGACCUUGCGCUGUGAGCUGUCUAAAGCUGGGGUCCCGGUGGAGUGGUGGAAAGGGGAGGAGGAGGUGAGCCCUGGAGGAAGGUACCAGAUGAAGCUGGAGGGAAAGAUAGCAGAGUUGCACAUUAAAAACAUCCAGCCAGAGGACGUGGGGGAGUACAGCUGUAUAUUCGGAGAUCAGAAAACCACUGCUGAAGUCAACGUGAGAGCUGCUGCCUCAGUGUUCUUUGAGAAGGAGCUGGAGAGCAAUGUGGUGAUGGAGGGGAAGUCCGUGGUCCUCUCCUGUGAGGUAUCCAGUGCCACUGUCCCCGUCACCUGGAAGAAGGACGCCUGCCUGGUCACAGAUGGGGAGAGGUUCAUUGUAAAAAAGAAAGGUCCCGUUCACACCCUGGAGAUCGAGAAGCUAAGUCUGGAGGAUGCCGGGGAGUACAGCUGCAUCACUAGGGGAAAGAAGACCACAGCCAUGCUGGUUGUGAAAGAGCGUGUGAAAAUAUUGUCCGGACUGAAGGACAUGAAAGUCUCAGCCGGGCAGGACGCAGUGUUUGUGUGUGAGCUGUCCCACGCCGAGGUGAGUGAAGGCGAGUGGUGGCUGGGCUCCAGCCCACUGCAGAAGAAUGAAAUGAACCAGAUGAGCUUUGAGGGCCAUCAACACUGCCUGGUCUUGACCAUGACCACCCCGGAGGAGACCGGGACCGUGGCCUUCGUGGUUGGGGAGGAGAGAACCUCUGCCCAACUGCUAGUUGUCCCCAAACCCAAAGUACACAUUGAGAAGAAGCCCCAGGACAUUAACAUCAUGGAAGGGGAGACAGCCACCUUAUCCUGUACGACCUCUGACCUCAUUACCCCUGUCACAUGGAGAAGGAACAGCAUGCCCCUCCUGAACGGAGACAAGUAUGAGACACGUAAGAAGGGCAAGCUCAACCUCCUGCUCAUCCAUGAGACGGAACCAGAGGAUUCUGGGAUAUACUCCUGUGACACUGGAGACAUGCAGAGCGAUGCCAAUCUGACGGUCAAUGAGCUACCACCGUACUUCGAGGAGGAGCUGCAGGCUGUGGAGGCUGAGGAAGGGGGCACAGCCUUUCUGUUUUGUGAGCUGUCUAAGCCCGGAGUCCCAGUCCAGUGGAGGAAAGGCCGGCUGCCUCUCAGGCCCAACAGGAAGUACCAGAUGAAACAGGACGGCUGCGUGUUUCAGCUACACAUCCUGGAGCUGAAGUCAGAGGACAGUGGCAGCUACUCGUGCCAGGCAGGCUGUGUGGAGACCACCGCCUCUGUGUCUGUGAAAGUUAAAGUACUCAUUGAGAAGAAGCCCCGGGACACCGUCGUCAUGGAAGGAGAGACGGCGACCUUAUCCUGUACGACGUCUGACCUCACUACCCCUGUCACAUGGAGAUGCAACAACAUGCCCCUACUUAACGGAGACAAGUAUGAGAACCGUAAGGAGGGCAAGCUCAACCUGCUUCGCAUCCACAAUGUGGACCCAGAUGACUCUGGCAUAUACUCCUGUGAUACUGGAGACAUGCAGAGCAGCGCCAAUCUGACUGUCACAGAGCUGGCUCCAUGCUUUGAAGAAGAGCUGCAGGCUGUGGAGGCUGAGGAAGGAGGCACGGCCUUCCUUUCCUGUGAGCUGUCUAAGCCUGGAGUCCCAGUCCAGUGGAGUAAGGGCCGGCUGCCUCUCAGGCCCAACAGGAAGUACCAGAUGAAACAGGACGGAUGUGUGUUUCAGCUACACAUCCUGGAGCUGAAGUCCGAGGACAGUGGCAGCUACUCGUGCCAGGCAGGCUGUGUGGAGACCACCGCCUCUGUGUCUGUGAAAGUUAAAGUACUCAUUGAGAAGAAGCCCCGGGACACCGUCGUCAUGGAAGGGGAGACGGCGACCUUAUCCUGUACGACGUCUGACCUCACUACCCCUGUCACAUGGAGAUGCAACAACAUGCCCCUACUUAACGGAGACAAGUAUGAGAACCGUAAGGAAGGCAAGCUCAACCUGCUUCUCAUCCACAAUGUGGACCCAGAUGACUCUGGGAUAUACUCCUGUGGUACUGGAGACAUGCAGAGCAGCGCCAAUCUGACUGUCACAGAGCUGGCUCCAUGCUUUGAAGAAGAGCUGCAGGCUGUGGAGGCUGAGGAAGGAGGCACGGCCUUCCUUUCCUGUGAGCUGUCUAAGCCCGGAGUCCCAGUCCAGUGGAGUAAGGGCCGGCUGCCUCUCAGGCCCAACAGGAAGUACCAGAUGAAGCAGGACGGAUGUGUGUUUCAGCUACACAUCCUGGAGCUGAAGUCCGAGGACAGUGGCAGCUACUCGUGCCAGGCAGGCUGUGUGGAGACCACCGCCUCUGUGUCUGUGAAAGUUAAAGUACUCAUUGAGAAGAAGCUCCGGGACACCGUCGUCAUGGAAGGGGAGACGGCGACCUUAUCCUGUACGACGUCUGACCUCACUACCCCUGUCACAUGGAGAUGCAACAACAUGCCCCUACUUAACGGAGACAAGUAUGAGAACCGUAAGGAGGGCAAGCUCAACCUGCUUCUCAUCCAAAAUGUGGACCCAGAUGACUCUGGGAUAUACUCCUGUGAUACUGGAGACAUGCAGAGCAGCGCCAAUCUGACUGUCACAGAGCUGGCUCCAUGCUUUGAAGAAGAGCUGCAGGCUGUGGAGGCUGAGGAAGGAGGCACGGCCUUCCUUUCCUGUGAGCUGUCUAAGCCUGGAGUCCCAGUCCAGUGGAGUAAGGGCCGGCUGCCUCUCAGGCCCAACAGGAAGUACCGGAUGAAACAGGACGGAUGUGUGUUUCAGCUACACAUCCUGGAGCUGAAGUCCGAGGACAGUGGCAGCUACUCGUGCCAGGCAGGCUGUGUGGAGACCACCGCCUCUGUGUCUGUGAAAGUUAAAGUACUCAUUGAGAAGAAGCCCCGGGACACCGUCGUCAUGGAACGGGAGACGGCGACCUUAUCCUGUACGACGUCUGACCUCACUACCCCUGUCACAUGGAGACGCAACAACAUGCCCCUACUGAACGGAGACAAGUAUGCGAACCGUAAGGAGGGCAAGCUCAACCUGCUUCUCAUCCACAAUGUGGACCCAGAUGACUCUGGGCUAUACUCCUGUGAUACUGGAGACAUGCAGAGCAGCGCCAAACUGAUUGUCACAGAGCUGGCUCCAUGCUUUGAAGAAAAGCUGCAGGCUGUGGAGGCUGAGGAAGGAGGCACGGCCUUCCUUUCCUGUGAGCUGUCUAAGCCCGGAGUCCCAGUCCAGUGGAGUAAGGGCCGACUGCCUCUCAGGCCCAACAGGAAGUACCAGAUGAAGCAGGACGGCUGUGUGUUUCAGCUACACAUCCUGGAGCUGAAGUCCGAGGACAGUGGCAGCUACUCGUGCCAGGCAGGCUGUGUGGAGACCACCGCCUCUGUGUCUGUGAAAGUUAAAGUACUCAUUGAGAAGAAGCCCCAUGAUACCGUCAUCAUGGAAGGAGAGACGGCGACCUUGUCCUGUACGACCUCUGACCUCACUACCCCUGUCACAUGGAGACGCAAUAACGUUCCCCUACUGAACGGAGACAAGUAUGAGAACCGUAAGGAGGGCAAGCUCAACCUCCUUCUCAUUCACAAUGUGGACCCAGAUGACUCUGGGAUAUACUCCUGUGAUACUGGAGACAUUCAGAGCAGCGCCAAUCUGACUGUCACAGAGCUGCCUCUAUACUUUGAGGAGGAGCUCCAGGCUGUGGAGGCUGAGGAAGGGGAAAUGGCCUUCCUGUCCUGUGAACUGUCUAAGCCUGGAGUCCCAGUCCAGUGGAGGAAGGGCCGGCUGCCUCUCAGGCCCAACAGGAAGUACCAGAUGAAGCAGGACGGCUGUGUGUUUCAGCUAUACAUCCUGGAGCUGAAGUCCGACGACAGUGGCAGCUACACAUGCCAGGCAGAUGGCGUGGAGACCACCGCCUCUGUGUCUGUGAAAGUUAAAGUACUCAUUGAGAAGAAGCCCCGGGACACCGUCAUCAUGGAAGGAGAGACGGCCACCUUAUCCUGUACGACCUCUGACCUCACUACCCCUGUCACAUGGAGACGCAACAACAUGCCCCUACUGAACGGAGACAAGUAUGAGAACCGUAAGGAGGGCAAGCUCAACCUGCUUCUCAUCCACAAUGUGGACCCAGAUGACUCUGGGAUAUACUCCUGUGAUACUGGAGACAUGCAGAGCAGCGUCAAUCUAACUGUCACAGAGCUGCCUCCAUACUUUGAAGAAGAGCUGCAGGCUGUGGAGGUAGAGGAAGGGGGCACAGCCUGCCUGUCCUGUGAACUGUCUAAGCUUGGAGUCCCAGUCCAGUGGAGGAAGGGCCGGCUGCCUCUCAGGCCCAACAGGAAGUACCAGCUGAAGCAGGACGGCUGUGUGUUUCAGCUACACAUCCUGGAGCUGAAGCCCGAGGACAGUGGCAGCUACACGUGCCAGGGAGGUGGUGUGAAGACCACAGCCUCUGUAGCAGUAAAGCCUCUCCCAGCCAAGACAGAACCUCCCAAGACAAUGCCUCCCACAAAGGCUCCCACGAAGGCUGCCUCUCCCACACCUCCACCAGGGCCAAAGAAACAGGGCAUGAUCUGGACAUCAAUUGUGGGGUCAGAGAAAGACCUGGAGCCUGAGGCAGAGACAGUGGUAGACCUACAUGAGAAACAGUCAGUAAGGUCUAUAGGUAAGGAGACUAAGGUAGACAAGCAGGAAAAACAGCAAGUCAAACAGACAGUAAGAGCUAUGGUGAGGGACACAGAGGAAAAAAAGCCAUUGAAAUCUAUGGUUAAAGAGAUUGAAGUAGACCACAUGGUGAAACAGCCAGUGCCCCCAGCGAGACGAGCAUCUAUAAUGUCAGAUACUGGAAUAGACCAAGUGGUGAAACAACCAGUUCCACUAGUGAGACAAGCAUCUAUAAUGUCAGAUACUGAAAUAGACCAAGUGGUGAAACAACCAGUUCCACCAGUGAGACGAGCAUCUAUAGUGUCAGAUGUUGUGGUAGAUGAGGUUAGGAAACAGCCAGUUCCACCAGUGAGACAAGCAUCAGUAGUGUCAGAUGCUGGGAUAGAGCAAGUGGUGAAACAACCAGUUCCACCAGCGAGACGAGCGUCUGUAGUUUCAGUUUCGGAUACUGGGGUAGAUGAGGUGAGCAAACAGCCAGUUCCACCAGUCAGACGAGCGUCUGUAGUUUCAGUUUCAGAUACUGGGGUAGACGAGGUGAGGAAACAGCCAGUUCCACCAGUGAGACGAGCAUCUAUAGUGUCAGAUGCUGGGAUAGAGCAAGUGGUGAGGAAACAACCAGUUCCACCAGCGAGACGAGCAUCUGUAGUUUCAGUUUCAGAUACUGGGGUAGAUGAGGUAAGAAAACAGCCAGUUCCACCAGUGAGACGAGCAUCUAUAGUGUCGGAUGUUGGGGUAGAUGAGGUGAGGAAACAGCCAGUUCCACCAGUGAGACAAGCAUCUGUAGUGUCAGAUGCUGGGAUAGAGCAAGUGGUGAAACAACCAGUUCCACCAGCGAGACGAGCAUCUGUAGUUUCAGUUUCAGAUACUGGGGUAAAUGAGGUAAGAAAACAGCCAGUUCCACCAGUGAGACGAGCAUCUGUAGUGUCGGAUGCUGGGAUAGAGCAAGUGGUGAGGAAACAACCAGUUCCACCAGCGAGACGAGCAUCUGUAGUUUCAGUUUCAGAUACUGGGGUAGAUGAGGUAAAAAAACAGCCAGUUCCACCAGUGAGACGUGCAUCUGUAGUGUCGGAUGCUGGGAUAGACCAAGUGGUGAGGAAACAGCCAGUUCCACCAGUGAGACAAGCAUCUAUAGUGUCAGAUGCUGGGAUAGACGAGGUGAGGAAACAGCCAGUUCCACCAGUGGGACGAGCAUCUAUAGUGUCAGAUGCUGGGUUAGACGAGGUGAGGAUACAGCCAGUUCCACCAGUGAGACGAGCAUCUAUAGUGUCAGAUGUUGGGUUAGACGAGGUGAGGAAACCGCCAGUUCCACCAGUGAGACGAGCAUCUAUAGUGUCAGAUGUUGGGUUAGACGAGGUGAGGAAACCGCCAGUUCCACCAGUGAGGCGAGCAUCUGUAGUGUCAGAUGCUGGGUUAGACGAGGUGAGGAAACCGCCAGUUCCACCAGUGAGGCGAGCAUCUGUAGUGUCAGAUGCUGGGUUAGAUGAGGUGAGGAAACUGCCAGUUCCACCAGUGAGACGAACAUCUAUAGUGUCAGAUGUUAAGGUAGAAGAGAUGAUGAAACAGCCAGUUCCAGCAGCGAGACAAGCGUCUGUAGUUUCAGUUUCGGAUACUGGGGUAGACGAGGUGAGCAAACAGCCAGUUCCACCAGUCAGACGAGCGUCUGUAGUUUCAGUUUCGGAUGCUGGGGUAGAUGAGGUAAGAAAACAGCCAGUUCCACCAGUGAGACGAGCGUCUGUAGUGUCGGAUGAUGGGAUAGAGCAAGUGGUGAAACAACCAGUUCCACCAGUGAGACAAGCAUCUGUAGUGUCGGAUGCUGGGGUAGAUGAGGUGAGGAAACGGCCAGUUCCAGCAGUGGGGCGAGCAUCUGUAGUUUCAGUUUUGGAUGCUGGGGUAGACAAGGUGAGCAAACAGCCAGUUCCACCAGUGAGACGAGCGUCUGUAGUUUCGGAUGCUGGUAUAGACCAAGUUGUGAAACAGCCAGUGCCACCAGCGAGACGAUCAUCUAUACUGUCCGAUGCUGGGGUAGAUCAGAUAGCUAGAUCUAAAAAGAAGAUGGAUAUAGAAAUAGACCAUCAAGAGAAACAGCCAGUGAAGUCUAUGGUGAAGGAGACAGAGAUAGAACAGAGGGAUCAACAGCCAGUAAGGUCUACAGUGCAGGAGACUGAAAAACCCAAGAUGGUGGAGGAUGAUAACCAACUCCAUAUCUCAGAGGAUGAGUCCUUCACAGAGGCCCACACCCAGGUAACAGUCAACCAGAAGACCAGCAAGCCUGUAGUCGCUGUUGCUGGAGUUCCCAAGGGGCUACAGAUGACCCAGCAAGUUGACGAGAUUGCACUUGACAGUGUCGAGGACGAACAUGAGAUGUUGGAAGCUGCCAUCAAGAUCCAGGCAGCUUUCAAGGGAUACAAGACCCGCAAAGACAUGCGGCCCAUCUUCAAGCAGGUGUUUAAGAACCAGAGUGCUGAGACCAAUGGUACCAUCCAGCUGGAGUGUAAGGUGGAAGGGAAGCUCAACGCAGUACGCUGGCUGAAGAACAGCCAGGAGGUCAUAGGAGACCAACGCCACCGCAUGAACACCUCAGAGGAUGGCGUCUGCACACUGGUGAUCAUCAACAUGUCUGCCAUAGACACUGGGGUCUAUACCUGUGAGGUGGUUAACACGUUUGGUGUGUCCUCAUAUAAUGGUAACAUUACUGUGGGUGAACCUCAAAUGCCUCCAUCUUCUACCCAGAGGCCCGCAGCCCCAUCCCAGCCCUCCACCCCUUCUGUGCAUCCAGUCCUGGCCUCCACCGGCCCUCUCCAGCCAGUCCAGACCUCUACUCCUGGGAAGGAGACUGUGGAUUCUGUGGAGUGCGAGGGGAUCUCCCUAUGGCAGACCUACAAUCUAACCAAGGAGGAUCCCCGCAUGACCCUGCAGGAGAGGAGGAGGGCCUCCCUUAUUGCUGCCAGCUCUAUGUCUAGUCCCUCUGACUACGAUACAGCUCCAGAUUUCAUAGAGCCUGCUGACAUAAUCCCCAAAGAUCACCCCAGGGAAAAGGAAGCCAUUAAGUCACAGGACCAGUUAUCCAAUAAGGAGGAUGAAGAACAGAAAGUCACGUCUCAACCACCCAGGCAUUUUAAGGCUAAAGUACCUGAUGCCAUGUUGAGGACUACAUCCCCCAAACACUAUCAUGCCCACACACCUGCUGCUCUUACAGGCUCUGGCUCAGAGUCAGAUUGUGACGAGGAUAGAAUAGAGACAUUUGAUGUAUACGUGGCCAGAGCUAACUGCAGUCCUCAACAAGGUGGCAACAAGGAGAGCUUUGUGUUGAAGGAGGGUCAGUACGUGGAGGUCUUGGACUCUGUCCACCCGGAGAAGUGGCUGGUCCGCACCAAGCCCUCCAAGACCACCUCCUCACGCCAAGGAUGGGUCUCUCCUGCAUACCUGGAGAAAAAGAGAAAGGAGACAUUCCCACAAAUGAGAACACCACAACAGGAGCUUGAUGUACCAGGGUCUACAGGGGAGAACUACAGGAGAACCCUAAGCCAAUUAAUCCAGGGGCUGAUUGAUGGGGAGGAAGAGUUUGUGAAGGAGAUGAAGGAAUUCAUGUCCCACCACCUGCACCACUUAGACACCAGCCCUCAUGUCCCUAUCAACAUCAUCAACCAGAAAGAAACCAUCUUCCGCAAUAUAAAGGACAUCAUGGCUUUACACGAGAGAUCUAUUCUGCCCAGUCUGAGUGAGUGUUCUACUGACGAUGACGUGGCCAUACAUCUGGUCAAACAUGCAGUGGACUUUGAGAAGUAUCUGCAGUACAUGGUGGGCCAAUCACAGGCAGAGGCCUGUGUCACUGACAAGACCAUCCAGCAGUACUUCAAGCAAAACACGGAAACACACCCUGAGCACCUGGAAACUACAGUCCUGGAUGUCAUCACCUUCUUACAGAGACCAGUGGAGAGGAUUCAGACCUACCAGGCCUUGCUCAAGGAACUGAUCAAGAACAAGGCUAAGUGUGCGAAAAGCUGUCUUCUACUGGAAGAUGCCUUCUCCAUGGUGUCCUGUCUGCCCUGGCGCUCUGACAACCUACACCAGGUGUCUCUAAUUGAGAACUACCCUGCCCCACUCACUGCACUAGGAGAACCUGUCCGCCAGGGUCCUUUCACUGUGUGGGAGGAGUCUCCUGAGAUCAAGACGUCCUCCAGGGGCCACCAGAGGCAGGUGUUCCUCUUCAAGGACUGUAUCUUGCUGUGUAAGCUCAAGAGAGACCCUGGCAUGAACUCUGACACCUACGCCUUCAAGAACAAGAUGAAGCUGAAUGAUGUGGAGGUGAAGGAGACGGUGGGGGGAGAGGAGAAGUCCUGGGGGCUGUGGCACGAGCACCGGGGCUCAGUGAGGAGGUACACACUGCAGGGCCGCUCCGCCGUGCUCAAGCUGUCCUGGCUCAAAGACCUGAGAGAGCUGCAGCAACGCUCCAGCCUGACUGUCAGCAGUCCACCAGAGUUUGAAGUUCUCCUGUCUGACUGCACCACAAAGAUCGGGCAGACAAUCAAGCUGGCCUGCAAAGUCACAGGAACACCCAAACCUGUGGUCAGCUGGUUCCAAGAUGGCCUGGCCCUAGAGGAUGGCCCCCACCACAUCAUCACUGCAGACCGGGCAGGCACCUGCUGUCUCAUCAUGGAUGGGGUCACUCCUGAGGACUCUGGACAGUACUUGUGCUACGCUUCCAGCUCUGUGGGCCAUGCUAGCACACUGGCCAAGAUAGUGGUGGAUGCACCCCCCAGAUUCCUUACCAGGCUGCAGAGUGUAUGUCUGCUGGAGGGAGAGGACAUCAAGUUUAGCUGUUCCACACACAGUACUCCUUUACCCCGAAUCAGUUGGUUUAAGGAUGGCAGAGAGCUGACAGACCAGAGGAAGUACCACAUAGAGAGUGAUGCCCGCAGUGGGAUCCUCACGCUCACCAUCAUGAACCCUGGAGAGACAGACCUGGGACAGUAUAAGUGUGAGCUGUGGAACAAGUUGGGCAGUGCCAAGAGUAAAGCAGAGAUGUGCUCCGCCUUUGCACAAGUGAUGGACAGUGAGCCUGACCAACCACAGGCCAUCUUGAUCCAAGGUACAGUAGGAGAGUUCCCUCCACCAAAUCAAGGUAAAUGUCCAUCUCGGAGUCAGGUCACAGGUUUUGAGAAGAAGGCUACAGUAGAGAUGUUCAUCUUUAGUGUCCACAUGUUCUACACUAUAAGACAUGAUGACAGUCUAAUACAAUCUAGGACAAGGACCCCAUUCCUCGAACAGGAAGUACCUCACAGAGCCUUCAUCAUGUUCACAGUAUCAUGGACCCAGUGCAUGUGGAUGGGUCCUCUCUCCUCUCCAACGCAUGCCCAGUUAACUCUCCACUCCUACCCAUACAAGAUGGUCAUGUGCUGGGCAUCAGGCACCCCUUAUUCCCCCUGGGGAGUGGAGCAUCAGUAUGAGAGAGGUGUCAUUGUGCUUCUAGACUCCGACUCAGAGGGCUGGUCCACUGCCAUGGUGAAGCAAUGGCUGCAGACAGACUUCCACCCCACCUCUGUUGUCAAAAUGCUCUUCCAGCCUGGAUACCCUCAGCCAGCCGAGGGUAGCCAAGAGGAAAGUGACCCUACCGCCAGAGGACACGUGGAGGUUCCACAGUUCCCCACUGAGCUUGAGGAGAGACCUGAGGUUGAGGAGGAACUUUAUGUUCCUGAGGCCAUAGAGGAAAUGCCAACAGCUCCUCCCUCCAUCCAGGUGCCGGUGGAGGACCUGUGUGUGGAGCCUGGUCAAUCAGCUACCUUCACCAUCAUCAUCACAGGAAGGCCCACCCCCGAGAUUCAGUGGUACAAGGAUGGAGAGGAGCUGUUGGCCACUGAGAAUGUGGAGGUGGUCCAGAAUGGUGCCCGCUGCUCUCUGACUGUGCUGUGCCCGGAGAGUGAGGACGGUGGCAUCUACACCUGCUGGGCCUAUAACGACUUAGGACACACCUCCUGUCAGGCUCGGCUGACAGUGGAGGAGGGUCCACUGGAGUCGCAGGAGAGAGAGGUGGAGCUUGGGAAGAGGAGGAAGCUGCUGUCUGUGUAUGACGUCCAUGAGGAGAUUGGGAGAGGCACGUAUGGGGUGGUAAAGCGGGUUACCCACAGGAGGACGGGUGAGGGCUUUGCCGCCAAGUUCCUGCCCCUGAGGAGCAGUACGAGGACCAGGGCGUUCCAAGAGAGGGACCUGCUCUCCCGGCUGGCCCACCCCAGGGUGGCCUGUCUGUUGGACUUCUUCUCUACACGGAGGACCCUGGUCCUGGUCACCGAAGCCUGCUCUUCUCGCGGUCUCCUUGAUCAUUUGCUGUUGAAGGGAUCAGUCAGCGAGAGAGAGGUUCAGAUGUACAUUCAGCAAAUCCUGGAGGGAGUUGGUCACAUCCACAGCAUGAACAUCCUACAUCUGGACAUCAAACCGGACAAUAUCCUGAUGGUGUUUCCACCCAGAGAGGAGAUCAAGAUCUGUGACUUUGGCUUCUGUCAGGAGAUGGACACUUCCAGACACCAGUACAGCCAGUUUGGCACUCCUGAGUUUGUGGCCCCUGAGAUCAUACAUCAAGACCCCGUCACUAUAGCAAGUGACAUCUGGUCCAUUGGUGUUGUGGCCUAUUUAUGUCUGAUGUGCCGCUGUCCGUUCAUGGGGGAGACGGACCGGGCCACUCUGAUGAGGGUGGGGGAGGGGACACUGAACUGGGACGCACCCGACCUCACCUACAGGAGCACCGGUGCCCAGGGCUUCCUCCGCACGGUCCUGCAGCCAGACCCAGUAAAGCGUCCAACUGCAUUUGAGUGUCUGGGGCACGAAUGGUUCCAGGGUGAACAUGAGGAUGAGACUGAUGAUAUCAAUACAAGGGCUCUGAAAGUCUUCAUCUCAAGGAGAAAAUGGCAGCGUUCUCUGACCUGCCUGGGCUCGGUGCUAAUCCUGAAGCCCAUCCCAGAGCUGCUGGAUGCCCCUCUUCGGGAGACCUCCAUCACAGCCCCUCGGGACCCCCAUGAGCCCAGCAGCACCUCCAUGAGCAGCGGCUCCUCCUCUGAGUACGACGAGGCUGAUGCCUGGGACUUCUUCCACCAUUGCACCACAGCUGACGAGGAUGAAGACGAGGAGGAGGAAGAAUUUGACCCCCUCAUGGAGAGAGCCAGGAUCCCUGAGUCAUUUGCCAAACUGAAAUUGGAGGAAGAGGAGGAGGGGACCAUGGAGGAGGAGGACGAGGAGGAGGAGGAGGAGAUGGGAGGACAGAUGAGAGUGCUGGAGAGGAGCCUAAGCAGGCAGUCUAUAGGGUCCUCGGAUGCGUCACAGCAGCCGACCCCCCAGAGGGAGAGGAGGGUCAGCCGAGAAAGCAGCCCGUCCCUAUACCUCUCCGAGGGGGAUGAUGGCUCCGCGUCCGGGAGUGAAGGAGGCUGCAUCGCCAGGAGCAGCCUGAUCCGCAGCACUUUCUACAACAGCUCCGCGCAGCUCUCGCCCAUGUCCGCUCGCCACAUGACCCUCAGGGACAAGUUCCAGGCCAAGAAGCAGGAGAGGGGCCGCAAGCCGCUCCGCAGAAGCCUCUCUAGCCGCCUCAACGAGCCUCUCAUUGAGUAUGUGGAGGACGAAGGCGAGAUCAAUCACGGGCAAAGGCGAGGGUCUUUGCAGUCGUCCAUGCUCAAGUCCUGCUCCUUUGACAGUGGGGUCAGCCUCUCGCACAAUGCACCACCACAGAGGAGGAGCAAGUCGUUGGACGAGUACUCCCGACGCUCACCAGGAUCCGCCAAAUGUAGAGAAGAGGAGAGUGCUUUGAAUCUUAAGGAGGAUUUCACUGACAAGGAGGAAGAGGAGAAGAGCUUGGAUGUUUCCCCUCUCCAAGUGAGAGGUAGAAGAGGUUCAGUGGCAGUGGCUCCCAAACAGCUUACGGCCAGGCUUCAGGAACUGUGUGCAAAAUCGCCCCAUGCUGGUCCAGAGAAGAGUCUCAGGCCAGAGGAGGAGGCGGGGAACCUGACUGGCUCUCAGUACUCCCUGGCUGAGUCCCUCAUCCUGGAGCAUGGCUCUGAGGGCUCCAGCAGGCCGGACUCUUGUGAGGAGCUGUCCCACGGCUACCCUGCAGCCACACAUAGAGGGAGAGCAGGGGAUGAGUAUGAUGACCAGGAGGAGCCCCUGAUCACAACGUCCCCCUGCUCCCUGCUCCAGGGGUCUGAGGCUGUGGAAGCUAAUAAGGAGCCCCAGUGCCGGAGCGGCCAACUUCAGAUCCCACCGAGAAGGACAACCCACCCCAACCAGAACUCAACGGCCAGAAAUAAUGGUAAGGUAGAGAAGACGAUCCUGCCGGUGAAACCCAGCCCCAGCCUGUCCUUCAAGGCCCCAGAGAGACCCUCGAGGGCCAGCGACACAGAGGCACGUCUCCAGAGGCACGCGUCCACCCCGGCCCUCCAGGCCAAACCGCCCUCGGGGAAGUCUCCCAGGAUGUCACCCAAGGUUGGGUUGAUGAAUCUGUUACGUAGGCAGUCCUGGGCGGGGCAUUCCUACUCACAACUGGAGGGCACGGAGCAGGGACCCACGCUAGGGGAAUUGGAGCCCAAAACCCCCACCAUGUCACUCAGGAAAAAGAUGAGGGCAUCAGCCUCUAGCCUCACCAAGCUGUUCACCAAAUCGUCCAGCAAGGAGGACUUAACGAAGGGAGGGCCGAUUGUAAAGGGUUCCUCUCCUGCUCCACCUGAGCAUAAGGCGAGCGCUGUCUUGGAGAGUGCUAAAAAGAAGUCCACAUUAUUUUCAUUUAAAAUACCUAAAAUACCUGCAUUCAAGAAGAACAAAGAGAUGCUCAUCCAUCUGACCAGGCCUGAUGUGCACCAGUUGGAGGCAGGUGGAUUUCUGCUGGUAUGGAGACCAGUGCAGUCCAGCAACCCAGUGGUUUACUGUGUUCAGUACAGCACAGACGGUGGGGAGUGGAAGCUACUGUGCGAGGAGGUGACAGACAGUUGCUACGUAGUGAAGGAAUUACUCAGAGGAGCAGGAUACGUAUUCAGGGUGGGCUGCAUCACCAAGAAGGGGGCAGGACCUUUCAGCGACCCUUCGCCCCCUGUUGUUAUGGCAACCCAUCCUAAAGAGACCCACAUUCCCCUCAUCCAGACCGAGUACCCAGGAUCAAAGGGCAGUGGGUCAACAGGUCAACCUAGCCACAAGACCUACAGCUUCCUCGCAGAGAUCAACAGGGGUCGUUUCAGCGUGGUGACCCAGUGUCAGGACGGCCAGAGCCAGCAGCUGUUUGCUGCCAAGAUCACCCCUUACAGGCCAGAAAAUAGGGCUCUGGUGCUCAGGGAGUACCAGCUGCUUAAGAAGCUCAACCACCCCCACCUGGUGCAGCUGCACACGGCCUACAUUACCCCCCACUGCCUGGUGCUCAUCCAGGAGCUGUGUGCUGGCAAAGAGCUGCUCUACAACCUGACUGAGAGAGAUCUUUAUGCUGAACUCCAUGUGGCAGAGCUGCUGGCUCAGAUCCUGAGUGCUGUGGACUAUCUGCACAGCCGCCGCGUCGUCCACCUGGACCUCAAGUCGGACAACAUGCUGGUGACGGACCGCAGCGUGCUGAAGAUCGUAGACCUGGGCUCCGCUCAGUCUUUCACACCCGGACAGACACUCAACAUAGAGGACAUUCCGGGACAAGAGAAAGAGACUCCAUCGAGCGCCUCUCCACAGACAACGGGCAGAAACAGAAUGGCAGAUGGGGUUUACAUUGUCCUUCCUAAAGCUCCAGAAAUCCUCGACGGACAAGGAGUCGGACCUGAGACCGACAUCUGGGCUAUUGGGGUUUUGGCUUUUAUAAUGUUGAGUGCAGAUAGCCCGUUCCAUUCAGACCUCAACUGGGAGAGGGACAGAAACAUCCGGAAGGGGAAGAUCCAGUUUGGCCGCUGCUACCCUGGCUUGUCAGAGGGAGCAAUCAACUUCAUAAAGAACACACUGAGCAUCAAGGCCUGGGAGAGACCCUCGGCGGCUGAGUGCCUCCAGAACCCGUGGGUACGGGGCGAGCGGGCCCCCUCCAAACACAGAGACUCCAUCUUGUGUUUCUCCACUGACAAGCUGCAGGCUUUCCUCACGGAGAGAGAGGUGAAACGAGACCAGGUCCGCACCAAGCUGCAAGGACCGUUCUUCCAGUAAUUAUACUUCUCUCUGAUGUUUAGAGUAGGGCUUGUAAGGACUUACACAUGAACUGGCGCUGGAUGACGUCUCUUCACAGCCCAGAUCCUGAUCACAAAAUAUGUGACCUCUUACAAAUGUUGACCUAAAAUGGAGAGUGGUCAAAUGUGUGCGUAUCAAUGGCUGCCUAGAGUUUUGUUAAAAGUUUGUCUGAAGGACUUGGACUUUGGCUUUGGUUGAAUGACAGCGCCAUGGUAUCAGGGAAAUGUUUAGUUAAAUGCUUCCUGCAAAUGCUGUUGCAUGAGUUUGAAAACAUGAUGAUAUUGAUGUGUAAAAUGCAUCAUCCCUUUGAGUUUGCAGCAUUGGACAUUAAACACAUUUGACAUUUACAUUUUAGUCAUUUAGCAGACGCUCUCAUCCAGAGCGACUUACAGUUAGACGUUUGUAAUAACAAAGGCUGUUGCAUCUCGCCAUUCAGACAAUGUUUGUGUUUUUUUGUGUGAAUCUUAACAAUAUGUUUGUGGUUCAUUAGCCAAAGGGAAAGAUCAGAGGAGGAUUCAUGUGCCCAAAGCAUAGCAAGGGCCCCUACCAGAAUACAGCUUUGUCUCAAGGGCCCCUACCAGAAUACAGCUUUGUCUCAAGGGCCCCUACCAGAAUACAGCUUUGUCUCACAAAGGGAGGAACAUUGAAAUAUUUAUAUAUAAAUAUCGAUAGAUAUUUACACUACUGCAAUGUUCUCAACUGUCUUAAGAUCACGAGUAAACUAAGCAUAUUUCUGAUGAUCCUUUGUUUGAUUUCAUGGCGUAUACCUUGUGACGGGUGACGGAUGUACCUGAAAGGCUAAUUAAACAGUAUGUCAGUG